GUCAAAUCGAGCUUUCGUUUUAGUUGCUGCUGCAAUGCUGGGCAGUCCUCCAGGGUUGGUCCUUCGCCCCCAAGAUCCAAUAGGUUUUAUCUGCAGCCCCUGUUUAGAGAUCCCAGGAGUGAAGUGCUGAGACCAAAAAUACAUUUGAGAUAUACACUGUGUCCUCCUCAAUUUGAUCUGUUCAAAUCUGAUCUGUCAAAAAGUUUAUGAAUCUAGCAUCACGACAUGGCGGCAAAUACAAGGGUUCCGACCAUCUGGGUGCGAGGUACCAUUCUCUGGUGUUUAAGUUCGAUUCUGCAACUUUCCGCAACUGCUUGUCGUGUCCAUAGCUCAUUCAACGUUUGCUCCUCUCGUGAAUCGUUGGAUCUGGAACAUCUGGGUACUCAAACUGCAUUACUCGGGAAUGAUACAAAUGAAAUAGAUCUUGAUGGUAGGCAAUUUUCUUAGGUUUUUUAUAUUUACAGUCCACACUCUCAGGUAUCGUAUAUUGACUGACUUUCUAUAGAUCUGUACACAGUUUAUGAUGUCAAACCAUCAAAGAACAAAGGUUUGGGGGUAUUUGCAAAGCACGAUCUCAAGAGAGGCACGGUGAUAAUCAUCGAGGAACCUCUUGUCGCAGUUCCCUUACCAGAAAUGGUUCAAGGCCAGGGAUUCAAGAUACUGGAUAUGAUCACGAGCCUCGAAACGGCAUAUUCCAAUCUGUCUCCAAUAAGCCAGAAAUCUUUUACAGACUUGCACGAUGUCCGAUUCCCUUCCGAGGAAGAUCAAAACAAACUUCUCACGAUAUUCCGAAGCAAUGCAUACAAUACCUGUGAUAGCAAGGUCGGUUUGUUCCCCAAAAUCGCCAGGAUAAAUCAUUCAUGUACACCCAACUCCGGGAAUGAAUGGGUCGACGAGGCAGGCCAUCGAAUUAUCUACGCGUCAAGGGAUAUCAAGGAAGGAAAAGAGAUCACCGUUUCCUACAUCCCACUUAUCAAAAAGACUGCGGAUCGACAAUCAAGACUCGCUCAGUAUGGUUUCACUUGCGACUGCUCAGCUUGUCAAUCCAGUCACGGAGACAAACGACGAACCAAAAUUGCAGAUCUUCUUGAGACUCUGGAAAUGAAAGUCAACACCGCCCCAAGCAAAAAACUUGAGAUCAGAAAGAAACAAUCAACAAAGGCUUUGAAUCUAUUAAGUCUUGUUGAAGAAGAAGGAUUGAACGAUUAUCUCUCCCGCGCUCAGCAUUUGUCAGCUGUAUUCAGCCAACGACUCGGUGAUAUAUUUUAUUUAUUUUAUUUUAUUGCUAUUUAACGUCAAGCGGAGUCUAGCUCGCGUGGGCUAGGUCCUAGAAGAGUCCCAAUAUGGGCAAAUGACGCUAGGGGGGUGCCCUAGGUUACAGGGGGUGUAAAAGAAGAGACGCUAAUUUACAAGAAACAGUUUAAAGAGAAGCCCCACUUUCGGGACAGCCCUUAUCCUUAAUUAGUUUUGAGAACCAGGGUACAACAAAUGAAAUACUAUUGGGUUGAAAGGGUAUUGGGUACUGAAGGUCAUGGAGAAUUGAUUGCAUUGUAAAAGGUAGCUAUCUAAGGUGUUUAUAUAAAGAGUGUAAGGUU